CCUCCCCCACAUUUCAUCACCUUCACACGCACGCGAGAACAGAACACAUAGCCAGCUACCCACUACAAUUGUUUUCAUCACGUUGCUCAAUCUCUGCCGCCCAAGCGAGCUCAUUUAGCACCCUCGCAUCCCGCCUCGCUCGAGCAACUCGGCCGACCUGUCAUCGACACCGUCUUCAAUCAGAAACUGAUUGACACGUAGUCUCAGCAACUUCCAUCACAUCCUCAUCACACACAGACAACCAUGUUUCGCUGGUUCAGAAGAUGGUUUCGAUGGAUGAACAUUUACGAGCGCAUUCUCUAUGUCAUCAUUCUCAUGGCAUGGAUCAAUGGUAAUGGCGGAAACGUGUACUUUCGGUCGAAAAGUUCAUCGAGGCCAAGGAUAAUCCUGCCACCGCCGCAACCAUACGUGAGCGGUCAAUCGCGCCAGACGAUGUGCUGUUUGUCCUCUGCCCUUCGCAACCUACGGAUCCCAUUGCUAAGCUGACCUGCUUCGAGUCGCUCCUCUCGCCUUUGGGGGUGUUCUCGAUGGGGGUGUUCCCCUGCAACGCGAGACCCAUCACGCUGUUCGGCUUCAACUGCACCGCCGUUCCCGCCAUCAACGUACUCUCGAGUACUCGUGGUACCUUUGGACAAGUCGUUACGGGUGCCACAUCGAGCUGCCUCGCCAAUAGCACGCGCUGUGUUUUUGACAACGUCUACCUCACUGUCGCCUCGACUUUGUUUACCGAAAAGCUCGCCGCUGAUCCCAGCGCCAAGCUGACCGACGUCCGCUCAUUCCCGCUUCCAAGCGAAGGCGGCUCGUUUCUCUCUGUGGGGAUCUCCACCACUGUCGACCUUCGCGGGCGUGAGGAGACCAUCUACAUCGCCUCGGGUGUUCAGAUGCGCGCCCACGACCCAUCAUCCGGCCCGGUCUCCUUCAGUUUCGAGCUUAACCAGUUCUCGUGGGAUCUGCGCGAGCAGGUAGUCAGCGAGUACGUCGUCUACGACAUCUUUGAUCUCUUUGCCAGCAUCGCCGCCGUCGCAUCGCUCACUACAGGCUUGUUCCUCUUCCUCUUCCCGGUCACUCCGUCCAUCCCGCAGCACUUUCGCUUCGGAACCCACCACACUGCGCGCAACAUCGGCGACCUGGCCCACUCGGCCUCGGUUGCUCCGCGCGCUUCGCUCGCGCAAUCGCCAGAGACAAAGCUCACCAGCCUCCGGCGGCGGCCAGGAACGGCCUCGACCUCGGCCUUCAGCGGUUCGAGCGGCAGCAUAUCGAAUAAUUCGCCGGUCUAACGACUCGUGUGCGAGACAGCGACACAGGCGCAACGUAACUCGAUUGGCGCGUUGCCGUCAGUUCACGAGCACUCCUUGUCUUGGAUGUCGUCCUCGCCACAGCCGGUGGUGGCGCACUCGAAAUUGGUCGCCAUCUCAUUUGCCAAAUCGCCAGCCGCAACACGCUCA